AACUAUCCCUUUAAGCUCUUCUGUGUGGAGGAUAAACAGCCUGUGUGUCUGGUGUGUAGAGACUCAAGAAAACACACCAACCACAAGUUCCAACCUUUGGAUGAGGCAGCAGCUGACCUUAAGGAGCUGCUGAGGAUUAAACUAGAGUCUUUACAGAAGAAGCUGAAGGUCUUUGAAGAAGCAAAACUCUCCUGUGAUGAAACCGCUAAACAUGUGAAGACUCAAGCCCAGCACACAGAGAAGCAGAUCAAGGAGGAGUUUAAGAAGCUUCACCAGUUUCUACGAGAUGAAGAGGCAGCCAGGAUAGCUGCACUGAGGGAGGAAGAGGAGCAGAAGAGUCGGAUGAUGAAGGAGAAGAUUGAGAAGAUGAGCAGAGAGAUCUCAUCUCUUUCAGACACACUCAGAGUCAUAGAAGAGCGGAUGGGAGCUGAUGAUGUCACAUUCCUGCAGUAUGGACCUAAUCUGUUUGUCACUCUCCAGAACUACAAGAGCACAGUGGAAAGAGCCCAGUGCACACUGCAGGAUCCAGAGAGGGUUUCAGGAGUUCUGAUCAAUGUGGCAAAGCACCUGGACAAACUGAAGGUCAAAGUCUGGAAGAAAAUGAUCGCUCCUGUGACUCUGGAUCCCAACACUGCACACCCAGAUCUCAUCCUGUCUGAGGAUCUGACCAGUGUGAGAUAUGUUAAAGAUAACCCAGAGAGAUUUGAUAAGUAUGCCUGUGUGCUGGGCUCUGAGGGCUUUAACUCAGGGACUCACUGCUGGGAUGUGGAGGUUGGAGAGAACACUGGGUGGACUGUGGGUGUAAUGACAGAGUCUCGCCAGAGGAAGGGAGACUACAGGUCCAUGAGUGGACGCUGGUGUGUGUUCUAUACUGGUGCUGCAUAUGGAGCACGUGCUCCUCCUCAUGACCCCACUCUCCUCACAGUGCAGCAGAAACUCCAGAGGAUCAGAGUGCAGCUGGACUGGGACAGAGGAGAGCUGACAUUCUCUGACCCUGAUAAUAACACACACCUACACACUUUCACACACACAUUCACUGAGAGAGUGUUUCCAUUCUUCAAUACUAACUCUCCUCUGAGGAUCCUACCAGUGAGUCCUCAGUAAGAUCAGAGCAGCACUGAUGGAGCUGAUGGUGUCUCUGACUGGACUCUCAUAAGGCCAGUAGGCGUGAUGUGGAGGUGUGCUGAAUGUAUCAAACUUAAAACAGAAGAUGUUUUUAUUCAUUAACACACGAGUAUACUAAUGAUGACCGAGUAUAUUAAUGAUGGCCGAAUAUACUAAUGAUGACUGAGUACUAAUGAUGAGUAUAUUGAUGACCGGGUAUACAGUACUAAUGAUGACCGAGUAUAUUAAUGAUGACCGAGUAUAUUAAUGAUGGCCGAGUAUGCUAAUGAUGGCCGAGUAUACUAAUGAUGGCCGAAUAUACUAAUGAUGACUGAGUACUAAUGAUGAGUAUAUUGAUGACCGGGUAUACUAAUGAUGACCGAGUAUAUUAAUGAUGACCGAGUAUAUUAAUGAUGGCCGAGUAUGCUAAUGAUGGCCGAGUAUACUAAUGAUGGCUGAGUAUGAUCGUGGGUCAGAUUUGAACCCUGAAUGUGGUACAGAUGCAUUUGCUCCUCCCCCCAGACUGUCACUUCAGAACAGAGGAAUGCUCUGUCCUGAUUGGAUGCUGAAGGUAAAAGAGGGCGGGGCAGAGCAAGAAUGGAGCUGUAGUUUGUCUCACAUAACUUUAACUUUAAUGUACAUGUGAAGUAAUUAAAGUGAUUGAUUACUUAAAGUGAGAGAAUGCAUUCUAUUUAAGCCACUAAUUUCAAAAUGUGUGCCAACAGUCAAAGAUUGUGUAGUCUGGAGAUCUGGUGUGAUAUUGACACAAACAAUAAAAUGUCUACA